AUUUACAUAAACUAUAUUACAUUGUGUGAUAUCGACAUCAUACCAAACGUAUAUAUAUUCUAGAGAAGCCAAAACCAGCAGGCCCCCUCCUACUUGCCCUUUUCUAACCAAAAACGUUAUCCUUAUUUUAAUUACAAAGAGCCAUUUCUUCAUCUUUUUCAAAAUAUUAAUUGAUUUUACAUUUGACAAACUUGUUCUGAUUAAAAAGCCUACGAAGGGAAAAGAAGAAAGCCACCCACCCUAUCAAAAUGGAUACAAACAGAAAGAUAAUAUUUAUUUAUACGGUUUCAUGGAUCCACUUUCUCUCAGCUAUGUAAUAUUAUAAUCUUAAUCUCAUAUAAUAAAAAAAACAUUUCCCCCACUCCAUAUUGCUUGCUCCUUCUUCCACAAGUCACAAACCAUACCAACAAACAAACAACAUAGCCAAACCCCUCUUAAACCGAAAAAAAAAUGGGAAGAGACUGGUCUUGGCUCGGUGUAGGAGGCAAGAAGAAACCCACAAGCAAGUCAAGGAAAGACAUCAAAGCAACUCCACCGUCCUCCUCCCCCGCCGGAGACACUGCAACGGCGGCGGGAUGCAUGAGUGGUGUCUUUAGCAUUUUCGACUUGCAACAUUUACAGUUCCCCAUUAACCAUCACCAUCUUCAUCUCCCCAAAGGUGUAGAUGUGGAAGAGACUCCAUUUUCACCUACCAGAAAAGAUGGAAACCUCAACAUAUCCCUGGGUAUUAAAAUCAAGACCAAACCACAAGCAAGAUCAUCAUCAUCAUCAUCGUCUCUUGCAGCCACUGAAUCUUACUCUCCGAGUGUAAAGACACCAACUUUGGUCGCUAGGCUCAUGGGCCUUGAUCUUGUUCCGGACAACUACAUCUCAUCUCCUACUCCAUCUUCUUCUUCUACUCACACAAACAAACACAGACAUUACUCACUCCAAAGAAACUCUGUCGACGGAGGCACACGAUCUCUCCCCGAGACGCCGAGGAUUUCACUCGGAAGAAGAUCCCUCGACGUCAACUCUUACCAACACCAACGUUCUUCACUUCAUCUGAUACACGUGGAGGAUAAAGAGAAUAGGAGUCCUCGAUAUUACGCGAGGAAGAUAGUGAUGCAGCUGAAGGAGAACGUUAGCCGGAGAAGAAGAAUGGGAACUGAUAUUACGAACAAAGAACAACGAGCACGUGAGGUUCACGAGCCCAAGAAAGCUUCUAAGGCUACAAACGUUGCUCCCAAGGUUCAAGACGAGCCCAGAUUACAAACAGUGCAAGAAGAGCUACAAGGAACAGAGCAAGGCGAAAAACAGAGCAAGUCUGGGAAGAAACGCAAGAAAGCUGAGAACUUUAAGUCGAGAUUAGUGAAGCCGCCACAGACAAUGCAGGAGAAGCCGUUUGCUCGAUCACCAGCAACAAGUAACAACAACAAUGCUCUUCACACCAUCGAGAACAAAGAUUCAUCGUCGAGAAACAGAGCAUCAUCAAAGUUCCCUACUUUUCAGAGACAAUCGCAAACGCACGUUUCACCAAUCGCCAAACGCGCAUUGGUUCUCGAAGAUGUUGAUGUUCUUGUGGCCGGAGAUUUCCCGGAGACGGCGACACAGUCGGAGCUGGCGUUUGAAGGCGAAGGAAUCGUGACGGAGCUCGAGAGAGGAAUCUUCGAAGCCCUCGUGGCUGAAACGACGGCGGAGUACUACGACACGUGGAGAAAAAACGGCGCCGUUUAGGAGAAACGAUGAUGUCAGUGGCACGUGGGGAGUUCACGUGACGAGAUGCGCUUCAAAUGUGGGGACCACCCGCCACGACUCGUCCUCUUUGUUUCGCGAAAGGAGUUUGAGGUGUCCACGUAGGUAAACGUAUUCCACAUGGCGGGUAUUGAUUGGUUUUUAUUUUUAUUGAUUUUGAUUAUAUUAAUUUUCUAAUAAUUUUGUAGCCGUUAAUAACCUAAAAUAAAUUAAUGUUUUUAAAAAUGUGGAGUGGUGUGGACUGGUAUGGUGCUUGCUAGAUAGAUCUGUCAAUUUCAGAUGUUUUUGUCCC